AUGGAGCUUCCAGCUGCCAAUGACAAUGUUAACCUGUCUGCAUAUAGACCUAACCUUCCAUUGUCAGUACUGAAUGGUAAAGCAUCCUCUGGGGGGUUUGUUGAGUCUGAUUAUUAUCAGAGCUACAGUGAUGGCAGCAGUGUAGCAUCCCGUGCAUCUGGUGCUCUAACUGGCUACGAAACCCUAGAUGCCCCUCCACACUAUGAUUUCUACGCCAACACCCAGGCAUGGGGUCGAAGGAGGCGCUUCAGGCCGUCUCUGAUCCAGCUGCAUGGCAAUCCUGAGGACGACUCCCAACCUCCCAUGUAUGAGGAGAUGAAUGCUGGACAGACAGGAGACACGUCUGAGGAAGAUGAAGAGGAGCCGAAGGAACCACCAGCUGAACCUACCCGCUUCGGCUGGGUGCAGGGGGUGAUGAUUCGUUGCAUGCUGAACAUCUGGGGGGUGAUCUUGUACCUGAGGCUUUCCUGGAUCACAGCUCAGGCUGGUAUCGGUCUGACAUGGGUUAUCAUUUUGGUGUCGUCUAUGAUAACUGGAAUCACAGGGCUCUCGACAUCAGCCAUAGCCACCAACGGAAAAGUCAAAGGAGGUGGUACCUACUUCCUGAUAAGUCGAAGCCUUGGUCCAGAGCUGGGUGGCUCUAUUGGUCUGAUCUUUGCCUUUGCCAACGCUGUAGCUGUUGCUAUGCACACUGUGGGCUUUGCUGAGACCGUUGUAGACCUCAUGCGGGAACAUGGAGCUGUCAUGGUGGACCGAACCAAUGACAUCCGCAUUAUCGGGAUCAUCACCGUAACAUGUCUGCUGGGGAUUUCAAUGGCUGGCAUGGCUUGGGAAUCAAAGGCCCAGAUUUUGUUUUUUCUCGUCAUCAUGGUAUCAUUUGCCAGUUAUAUUGUGGGAACCAUUAUCCCUCCUUCAUUGGAGAAACAAGCCAAAGGAUUCUUUAGCUACAAAGCUGCUAUCUUUGCUACUAAUUUUGUCCCGAACUGGCGUGGCCCAGAGGGCACCUUUUUCGGCAUGUUCUCCAUUUUCUUUCCAUCUGCUACGGGCAUCCUGGCAGGAGCUAACAUCUCUGGAGAUCUGAGGGGAAUCUCCGCUUCCUGUGUUAACUUUUAUUCAGGAUCAUGUGUGGUUCGGGACGCCUCCGGCUCUCUGAACGACACAUUAGCUUCUUCAACACCCAUGGAGUCCUGUGUUGGUUUAUCGUGUCAGUAUGGAUGGGACUUCUCAGAGUGCAUCAAUAAUAAAACCUGCACCUAUGGUCUAAGCAAUUACUAUCAGACACUUAGCAUGGUGUCAGCCUUCGCCCCUCUCAUUACUGCUGGUAUAUUUGGAGCAACCCUUUCUUCAGCUUUGGCAUGCCUGGUUUCUGCUCCCAAAGUUUUCCAGUGUCUGUGUAAGGAUCACCUUUACCCUCUCAUUGGCUUUUUCGGCAAAGGUUAUGGCAAAAACCAAGAACCCCUCAGAGCUUACCUGCUGACAUACAUCAUUGCCUCCUGUUUUAUUAUCAUUGCCGAGUUGAACGCCAUCGCUCCAAUCAUCUCAAACUUCUACCUCUGCUCCUACUCUCUGAUCAAUUUUAGCUGCUUCCAUGCUUCCAUCACCAAUUCACCAGGUUGGCGUCCGUCCUUCAGGUUCUACAAUAAGUGGCUGUCGCUGCUGUGUGCUGUGAUCUGUGUCGUGAUCAUGUUCCUGCUGACCUGGUGGGCGGCUCUUAUUGCAAUCGGUGUUGUCAUAUUUUUCUUGGGAUAUACGCUGUACAAAAAGCCAGAUGUGAACUGGGGCUCCUCGGUGCAAGCAAGCUCCUAUAACCUGGCACUGAAUCAAUGUGUGGGCCUGAACCUUGUGGAAGAUCAUGUCAAGAACUACAGACCCCAGUGUUUGGUGCUGACGGGUCCUCCCAGCAGUCGACCGGCUCUCUUGGAUCUCGUCAACUGUUUCACAAAGAACCUCAGUUUAAUGAUGUGUGGAAAUGUGGUCACUACGGGCUCGUCCCCAUCUGUUUUAGAGAAGGCAAGCAGCAACAGACACGUCUCCUGGUUGAACCAAAGGAAGAUUAGGUCAUUUUAUAGAGGAGUGGUGGCUUCUGACUUUCGCUGUGGAGUUAACAUGCUGCUUCAGGGGGCAGGAUUGGGUCGAAUCAAGCCAAACGUUUUGCUGAUGGGAUUCAAGAAAGACUGGCGCAGUGACUCAACUCUGGCUGCAAACAACUACAUAGAAAUCCUGCAUGAUGCGUUUGACCUGCAAUAUGGAGUGUGUGUGCUGAGGAUGAAAGAGGGGUUAGAUGUCUCCAAUCCACCUCAGUCCCACGUUAACCAAGGUUUUGAUGGGGGACCAGAAAAUAGUGACAUCACCUCUCCUGCUUCCCUGGUUCGAACAAGCACAACUUCUUCAAUCACGGUUGAACUGGAGCCACAACCCACCACCGUGUUCCAGAAAAAACAAGGGAAGAGGACCAUUGAUGUUUACUGGCUGUCUGAUGAUGGAGGUCUGACUCUGUUGCUGCCAUACCUGCUGACUCGCAGGAAGCGCUGGGCCAGGUGUAAGGUCCGAGUUUUUGUCGGGGGAGAAAUAGACAAAAAGGACGAGCAGAAGGAAGAGGUUUUAUCUCUCAUCAAGAAGUUUCGUCUUGGUUUCCAGGAUGUUGAAGUUCUUCCUGACAUCUACGAAAAUCCACAACCAGUGAAUGUCCAGCAUUUCGAGAGCAUGAUCGGUCGUUUUAGGCUUGACCCGAACCCAAAACAGGACUCGGACUCGGACUCUGACCCUCCCAGACAGCAGGAAGCACCUUGGAUGAUCACUCCCCAAGACUUGGAGAGGAACAUGGCGAAGUCCCUCCGUCAGAUCCGUCUGAAUGAGGUGCUGCAGGAUUACUCCAGAGAUGCAGCUCUGAUUGUGAUAACGAUGCCGGUGGGUAGGAGAGGAGUGUGUCCUAAUUCUCUGUACCUGGCAUGGCUUGACAUCCUGUCCCGGGAUCUAAGACCUCCGGUUCUGAUGGUCAGAGGAAACCAGGAGAGCGUUCUCACUUUCUACUGCCAAUAA